AUGCCAGCAAUUAUGACCGUUGACUUUCAAACCUUCGUCAUCUUUUCUCUCUUCUGUCUCUUCUCAGUCCUCUGUUACUCUCUCGUCUUCAAGAAACCAAAGUUUGGCUGUGAUGAUCUGCCUCCGAGUCCUCCUUCUCUUCCAAUCAUCGGCCAUCUUCACCUUCUCCUCUCUUCUCUAGUCCACAAGUCGUUUCACAAACUCUCAUCCAAGUACGGAGAUUUCCUCCAUCUUCGCAUCUUCAACGUCCGCAUUGUCCUCGUCUCCUCUGCCUCAGUGGCCCAUGAGAUCUUUAAGGUGCAAGACCUUAACGUCUCGUCUCACGGCCACUCUCCAUUUGACGAGUCUCUCGUAUUUGGGUCUUACAGCUUCCUCAUGGCUCCUUAUGGAGAGUACUGGAAGUUCAUGAAAAAGCUCAUGGUCACAAAGCUGCUUGGGACUCAAGCACUCGAGAGGUCAGGAGGCGUCCGUGCAAAGGAGCUAGAGAAGCUUUACUCAAACCUACUAGAUAAAGCGAUGAAGAAAGAGAGCGUUGACAUUGGUAAGGAAGCGAUGAAGCUCACCAACAAUAGCAUUUGCAAGAUGAUGUUGGGGAAGAGUAUUUCAGAAGAAAACGGUGAAGCUGAGAAGUUCAACCACUUAAUAACCGAGGGCUUUGGCAUGAUGAAGAAAGCGUUCUUGUCGGCCAUCUUGCACAGGCCGCUUGAGAAGCUCGGCAUUUCGUUGUUUAAAAAGGAGAUAAUGAGUGUUUCUAGCAGAUGUGACGAGCUGCUGGAUAGAAUUUUUAAGGAGUACGAAGAGAAGCCAGAGGAUCAUCAAGGUAGUGACAUCAUGGCUGAUGUACUAUUAGCAGCUUAUAGAGAUAAAAACGCAGAGUAUAAGAUCAACAUGAACCAAAUCAAGUCAUUGAUCAUGGAUCUUAUCGGUGCUGGCACUGAUACAUCAGUGCAAGCAAUACAAUGGACCAUGGCCCAAAUGAUUAACAACCCUAAGAUUCUUGAGAGGUUAAGAGAAGAAAUCGAUUCCGUGGUUGGGAAAACAAGGUUGAUUCAAGAAGCGGAUCUAAUAAACCUUCCUUAUUUGCAAGCGGUCGUCAAGGAAGGGCUGAGGUUACACCCGCCAUUUCCUAUAGUGGUAAGGCUGUUCCGAAGAGGGUGUAAGGUUAAAGGGUUCUACAUACCGAAGAACACACUACUUGUUGUAAACAGCUAUGCCGUGAUGAGAGAUCCGAAUGUCUGGGAAAACCCUGAGGAGUUUAAGCCAGAAAGGUUUAUAGGUUCUUCGUCAAGAUCAGGCCAAGUAGAGGACGAGAUAAGAGAGCUUAAGUACCUUUCUUUUGGUGGUGGAAGGAGAGCAUGCCCUGGAUCAAAUCUAACUUAUAUCGUACUAGGAACAGCGGUUGGGAUGAUGGCGCAGUGUUUUGAUUGGAGGAUCGAUGAAGACAAGGUUAACAUGGAAGAAGCUCGUGGAUCAUUUACGUUGAGCAUGGCUCAUCCCCUUAAGUGCACUCCUAUUCCUCGAACCCUGAACCCGUUGAAGUUUUAA